AUGGCUGCUCACCACAUCUCUCUUGCCAAAGCCUCCUUUGGCGCCUCUCUCCUGCGCCCCGACGUCACAAAGGUUGCCCGCGAUGACCUUCCCAACUUUCACAACGCCUUCGAGGCUACCCUCACUCAAUGCUCGAGUCGCAAUAUACAGACAUGUAAACAAUGGCUGUUGGAAAAUGUCGUCGUCUCUGCGGCAAGGACUACCGCGUUAGGGAAAUAUUUGGUCGCAAUAUCCAGACACCUUGCGACUCAGCCAGAAGAAGCAAUACUCACAAGAGCCUCGCGUCGGCGACUUCAUAUCCUCUAUUUGUUAAAUGACCUUCUCCACCAUGCCAAAUACCAUGAAGCCGAUUUCACCCUUCGCAACAACCUUUCACAAUCUCUCGAGCCAUUCCUGGCUGAUCUCGUCCAAUUCGGCUCUUCGGACGCCAAGACACGCGUGCGGAGGCGGCUGUCUGAUUUGAUCCAACUAUGGAAAGAAGAGGAGUACUUUGGCAGACAUGUUACCAAUCAACUGCACGAUGUCUUAGCAGGCACAACCACUGAGACGAAACCGACGCUUGAACCAGACGUCCAGCGCAAAGAGAGAGAUACUGAGCUCCCAUACCUCAUUCCCCCGACACACGGCGACCCUUCAUCGCCGUUCUACGAUCUCCCAGCAGGUACUCUGAUGCGCCACAUUAUCCCGAACAGUUCACAGCCAAUACGGCCUGACGAGGUCCGGGCACUCCAGUUUUCCGCUGGCCCCGCUGAUGAGAGUCUAGUCAAUGCACUGAAAGACUUUUUGAACGAUGUCAAGGGCAUUGAGAACACUCUUCCCAAGCUCGAAGAGUCUGGAUUGUCUCCGGAGAUUGACGAAAUGGGUCAGAUCUCAUACCAUGAUGAGGCCGGAGAUCUGGUCGGCGAUACAUAUUAUGGAUGGUCCCGGUCCUUUUGUGACAAGAUGAAGAAACGUGCCAGGAGGGGUUCUGAUGACUCCUCUCGACGGACGAGAUCAAGAAGCUCGGAUCGCAGUCGAAGUGCAACACCUCAUAAGCGCAGGCGUCGCAGCAAUUCGACCAACGGACAUUCCAGAUCCUCAAGGUCGUACAGCAGGUCACCUCGCAGACGCGCCUCAGACAGACCAGGGAGACGAUGGAGUGGAAGCCGCGGUCGGUCACGGUCGGGAAGCCGCCCCUAUUCACCUGAAGAUCAUUAUCCGCGACACGAGCAAUCAUCGAGGUUUGACCCAUCAACGGCUCACAUCAAUUCGAACAUCGCGCCGAUUCCUCCACCUCCGCCUGCUCUGGGAAUGUCGUUUCCACCUCUGCCCCUACCACCUACCGGUAUGCCUGUACCUCCUCCGAGACCUCCCCAAUGGGUUGGUCCGUGGCCUCCUCCUCCGCCUCCACCGCUUCCCCAAGGCCACACUGGAUACCAGAAUAUUCCCUUCACUCCUCAUCCUCCGCCGCCGCCAACCUUUGCCCCUCCGCCCGACGGAUGGGCCCACUAUCCCGGUGCACAAAACCAGUAUGGAAAUGGGCGCUGA